CUGACUGUGCGGCGGGGCAUCCUCCUGACCUGGUAGUACUUUGGUGGGAAGGAUGGUUCCGAGGCUGUUGAGAGAGCUCUGCAACGCUGGUCAAACAGCUCCACGAAAGAUAAGAGUUUUUUUUCAGAUUUUCUUGUGAAACCCUUCUAGUAGAAAAAGUUCUUGGGAUAAACUUCAUUUGACCCAGGCAUAAAGGAAAGAAAAGCCUUGCCAGAUAUUGAAGAAGGGACGGGGAUCUCUCCUCCUAAUCUUGUCCUCCUGUCAUGGAUGAAGAGACUCGACACAGCCUUGAGUGCAUCCAGGCCAACCAGAUCUUUCCCAGGAAACAGCUGAUCCGGGAGGAUGAAAAUCUUCAGGUUCCUUUCCUUGAACUUCAUGGAGAAAGCACAGAGUAUGUGGGCCGUGCUGAAGAUGCCAUCAUUGCCCUUUCUAAUUACAGACUUCACAUCAAGUUCAAGGAGUCUCUUGUUAAUACUGCCUCUCAGUCUGCUGCUUCUGAAAUCCCAGUUCCAUUACAGCUUAUAGAAAGUGUUGAAUGCCGAGAUAUAUUUCAGCUUCAUUUGACUUGCAAAGACUGCAAAGUUAUCAGGUGUCAGUUCUCAACCUUUGAGCAAUGUCAAGAGUGGCUUAAGAGACUGAACAAUGCAAUCCGACCACCUGCUAAAAUAGAAGAUCUCUUCUCAUUUGCAUACCAUGCUUGGUGCAUGGAAGUCUACGCCAGUGAAAAAGAGCAACAUGGAGACCUGUGCAGACCAGGGGAGCACGUAACGUCAAGGUUUAAAAAUGAAGUGGAGCGGAUGGGUUUUGAUAUGAACAAUGCCUGGAGGAUUUCCAACAUCAAUGAGAAGUACAAGCUGUGUGGUAGCUAUCCACAGGAGCUAAUAGUGCCUGCCUGGAUCACUGACAAAGAACUAGAGAGUGUAGCAAGCUUCAGGUCCUGGAAGCGCAUCCCUGCUGUCGUCUACAGGCACCAGAGCAAUGGAGCUGUCAUUGCCCGCUGUGGACAGCCAGAGGUCAGCUGGUGGGGCUGGCGAAAUGCUGAUGAUGAGCACCUGGUGCAGUCAAUAGCCAAAGCUUGUGCCUCUGACUCCCGAUCAAGUGGCAACAAGCUGUCAGCUAGGAACAGUCCUCGAGACUUUGCCAACGCGGGAGACCUUUCUGAUGUGGAGUUUGACUCUUCUCUGUCCAAUGCUUCAGGAGCAGAGAGUUUAGCCAUCCAGCCACAGAAGCUUUUGAUCCUGGAUGCACGCUCCUAUGCAGCAGCUGUAGCGAACCGAGCCAAAGGAGGAGGCUGCGAAUGCCCAGAGUAUUACCCAAACUGUGAAGUUGUGUUUAUGGGGAUGGCAAAUAUUCAUUCAAUUCGGAGGAGUUUUCAGUCUCUGCGAUUGCUAUGCACACAGAUGCCGGAUCCGGGAAAUUGGCUCUCAGCUCUCGAAAGCACAAAAUGGCUCCAUCACCUCUCUGUGCUUUUGAAGUCGGCACUUUUGGUCGUGCAUGCUGUGGAUCGUGAUCAGCGACCGGUGCUAGUGCACUGUUCAGAUGGCUGGGACCGCACCCCCCAGAUUGUGGCAUUGGCUAAGCUCUUGCUGGACCCUUAUUACCGAACUAUAGAGGGUUUCCAGGUCCUCGUGGAGAUGGAGUGGCUGGAUUUUGGCCACAAGUUUGCUGACCGAUGUGGUCAUGGGGAGAACUCGGAUGAUCUGAACGAGCGUUGCCCAGUGUUUCUGCAGUGGCUUGACUGUGUUCAUCAGCUUCAGAGGCAAUUUCCUUGCUCUUUUGAGUUCAAUGAAGCAUUCCUUGUGAAACUGGUGCAACAUACCUAUUCCUGCCUCUUUGGAACAUUCCUGUGCAACAAUGCCAAGGAGAGAGGGGAAAAGCAUACUCAGGAACGGACGUGUUCUGUGUGGUCGCUGCUGCGGGCAGGCAACAAAGCUUUCAAGAACCUACUGUACUCAUCUCAGUCAGAAGCCGUACUGUACCCCGUGUGCCACGUGCGUAACCUGAUGCUGUGGAGUGCAGUGUACCUGCCCUGCCCAUCCCCGUCCACCCCAGCGGACGACAGCUGUGCACCAUACCCAGCCCCUGGCACCAGCCCUGAUGAUCCGCCCCUGAGUCGGCUACCAAAGACUAGAUCAUUUGACAAUCUGACCACAGCCUGCGACAACACGGUGCCUCUAGCCAGCCGGCGCAGCAGUGACCCAAGCCUGAAUGAGAAGUGGCAGGAGCAUCGGCGCUCGCUGGAACUGAGCACCCUGGCCGGUCCUGGAGAGGAGCCUCUUGAUCCUGACACCCUGGGGAAGCCGACCAAAGUGCUGGGUGGCGCUGAGCUGUCUGUUGCAGCUGGAGUGGCUGAGGGGCAGAUGGAGAACAUUUUGCAAGAGGCCACCAAAGAGGAGAGUGGGGUAGAGGAGCCUACCCAGAGGGCGGUGCAGGAGGUCAAAGAGGAGGAGGCUCAUCUAGAAAAGGAGAGCAGGGGGAAGACCCCUGAGGGCCCAGCUGUCAUACUUCAUCAGGAACCAGAACUGGGGGGUGCUGCUCUGAGGAGUGAUCUGGGCACCAGCCUUCUUCUGUUCUCACAGGGUAUUCCUGAGCAGCAGGGUGGGCACAACGUAGUCCCCAGUUGUCUCCAGGAGCUCCCCAAGGGAGAGGAUGCCCAGGACAUCCCUGUGGAACAGUCUCGAAUAGGAGCUAUCGCAGAGGACAGGGAGGAAGCUGUCCUUCCAAUCCCAGUAGAUGCGAAAGUUGGCUAUGGUACCUCACAGUCAAGUUCUCUGCUGCCCUCCCAAGUCCCAUUUGAGGCCAGAGGACCAAACACGGACAGUUCCAUGGACAUGUUAAUGGAAGAUAAAGCAAAGUCAGAAAGUGGGCCCCAAGACCAUCAUAGACCUUGCCUGGUAACCAGUGGCAGGUUCAGUGGCAAGGAUGUGCUCCUUCAAGCCAUGGAGCCCAGGCCUUUGGCGAGGAGCUUGGCUGAGAGGCCCCAAGUGGGAUCUCUGGUGCAUAGGACUUCCCUUGGCAGCACCCACAGCCCGACGCAUUCUCUUUGUGCCUUGCCUUUAGCCGAAUGUAAAGAGGGGCUUGUGUGCAAUGGUGCCCCAGAGACUGAAAAUAAGGCCUCAGAGCAGCCCCCAGGGCUUAGUACCCUCCAGAAGCACCACACCCCCAAUGGGCACUGCGCCAAUGGGGAGGCUGGUAGGAGCAAGGACUCUCUGAGCCGCCAGCUGUCUGCCACAAGCUGCAGCUCUGCCCACUUACACUCGAGGAACUUGCACCACAAGUGGCUGCACAGUCACUCAGGGAGGCCAUCUGCAACCGGCAGCCCUGAGCAGCCUUCCCGUAGCCACCUAGAUGAUGAUGGCAUGCCUGUGUACACGGACACUAUCCAGCAGCGCCUGCGUCAGAUUGAGUCAGGCCACCAGCAGGAAGUGGAGACCUUGAAGAAGCAAGUCCAGGAGCUGAGGAGUCGCCUGGAGAGCCAGUACCUGACCAGCUCCCUACGCUUCAAUGGGGACUUCGGGGAUGAGGUGAGUCCUUCAGAAAAAGGAGGACAGGCCCAAAGCACUCAGUUUCAGCACACAGAUACUUCAAUUCCUGACUCGGAAAGCAAUCUGGAUCAGAACUGUUUGUCUCGCUGCAGCACAGAGAUUUUCUCUGAAGCCAGCUGGGAGCAGGUGGAUAAACAGGACACGGAGAUGACCCGUUGGCUCCCUGACCACCUGGCUGCCCACUGCUAUGCGUGCGACAGCGCCUUCUGGCUUGCCAGCAGGAAGCACCACUGCAGGGACACUGACCGUGUUGAUCAAACGUGGAAUUGUGGGAACGUAUUCUGCUCCAGUUGUUGUAAUCAGAAGGUUCCAGUUCCCAGCCAACAGCUCUUUGAACCUAGUCGAGUGUGCAAGUCUUGCUAUAGCAGCCUACAUCCCACAAGCUCCAGCAUUGACCUUGAACUGGAUAAACCCAUUGCUGCCACUUCAAACUGAAGCUCAGUGACCUGGGGCGGGCAGAGGCCAAGCUGCAGUUCCUCUGACAGGCCCACACAGCCUGGGCAGACCGAGAGGCCCGUGCACUUUGGAAUGGGGACAUGGAACCACCUGUGCAGAAUGAUGGAAAUUUGGGAUGUACCACUGGAUUGUAGAUUGAUACCCCCUCCCAUUUUUUUUCUCCCUUUUCUAUCCUUCUGUCUCCAAAAAAGAAAAAAAUCCCCUCAUCUCAGUUUUUUUUUUUUUUUUUUUUUUGGAUGAAAGACCAGAGGUUGCCAGGCUCCUGUAACUAUUGAGCUGCCUGCUGUCAGGUGAUGCUGAGGUUUGGCUUGGUUCCUCAGAAUGGGAGGAAGCUGGUUGAGUCAGGAGUGGAGGCCUGAGAUAGUGAGCAGGGAAUAAAGUCACUGCUGAUGUUUGUGACUGUUACUGCCGCAUCAGAGCUGGUUGGAAAAACCUUGCUGCUGAGGACACUAAAAAUAUCUGCCCCCGGUGCAGUGCUCCAGGUCCCCUCUCCCUCCUGAGAGAGGCUGGGCCAGUCCCACCCCACAGCCAGAUAAAUGGGAUUGGCAUUUGGAGGGAGGGGCAUGUAGUAAACGGAACCCCGAAGGCCCCCCUUUUGGGGAAGGAAAGGGUAUGUUCCUCUGAGGCAAGUGAGAGGGCUGGGAAUGGGUGACCAGCAUAUUCUCCUCACUGGGAUUCCCUUUUUAUCUUAACCCAGAUUGUCUAGUGCUCCCUUCACUGUCAGCCUCCCUCAGCCAGGCUGUGUAGCACUUCCCACCCUCAGGCAUAAGGGUGCAGACUGGCCAGAGUGCAGUGUCCUGCUGCUGUGGCCAAGGCCAAAGUAUGCCCUGAGCCCAGGCACACCUGGAAGCUCCUUCCCUGGCCUGCUCCCCCAGACAGUCUCUCUUCCUUCCUCAGCCAGCACAGGGAAAUCCAGACUCAGGGUUGGAAAAACUCCCCACUCCCAAACCAAACCAAUCAUGGAUCUCCCCUUUAAGGGGCAGAAUCAGCCUUUCAGAGUACAAGCCUCUGGAAAUGGGAGCAUGUUCCAUACAAUCAGCCUUCCCCCGACGCCCCUUCUUGGAGCGGUGGGAAGGGCCCAGCAGUCCCACUGCCCUGCUCCUGUGCUGCUUCCCAGCAGUGAGGGGCCACUUGGUGACUCUGCAGAGUUCCUUAGAGAAGUAACAGCCCGUAGGAGAUGCGAGGCACCUUUCCUCAGUAAGCUCUGAUGUGGUCCAAAAAGAGCCUUAAAUCAAGAAUACCUGUGGUGGAGGCGCGUAUGGAGAAGAGUGGAAAGGCAUUUAGGUUUGUGCUUUGUGAUCUUGGCAUCCGUGUUUUGUGCCUGCCCUCCCUCCUAGGGGAAGGGCUAUGCUUGGCUCUGCUAAAAGCUGCUAGCUGGUAACAGGGCGCAUUGUGGUGGGCAGUGGGGGUGAGGUCAGGGAACUGUUCUGACUCUUUGGAAGCAGUUCCCUGGCCACAGGCAAGUUGAGUCUCAGGAAGGUGGCUCCUGUGUGUGCCUGGGUACAGUUAAGACGUGACCCAGAAGCCUUCCCUGGAGCUGUCCAGGCAAAGCCAAGAGCAUCUGAGUACGUCUCUCACUUCCCAGUGGCAGCAGGUUGCUCAGAAUUUGAGUUUAGUGAAACAGGGUGUAAGUUCUUCUCCACACUCUGUGUGGUCUGGCCUUGCAGAUAGGGAGAAGUCAGUCUAAUUAAAGAUUGUGCAGUUCCUAGUGACAGGUGCCAAGAGGUUAUGAUACGGGUUUCUUGGGUCUGAUGUACAGUGUGAAUAAAUGCUUGCAGCUCUUAGCCCUUUUUUGAUCAAUGAAGCACUUUUUUAAUAUUUUCUUUGUAUGUAAAGGAGGAAACGUAACCUCCGUAGCUGUAAAUAUAACCCUUUUCUCUUAAAGAGGAGUCAGUGCUCCUAUAUUUUUCAUUUUUUUGUCAAAGCAAGAAGUAAAUACUUUAGAACUGUUAAAUAUAUAAAUAAAGUAAAUAAAGUUUAGUGUUCCGCAUGGUAGCAUUUGCUAACACGUUCUAAUUCUUUUCCCUGUGGUUUAUUCCCUCCUCAUCCCAUUUUUCUCUUACACAGAAGCAAUUUGAGGUGCUGCUGGGAAAAUGAACUUUGGCAAAGGAAAACUACAGACUUAUUUUCAACUCUUGGCAAGGAGCCGUAUCAUGAAGCCCACAUACUGAAAUACAUUUCCGUGGUGGUUUUUGCCCUGAUAUCUCCAGAGCUAAAAAGGCAAAGCAGUCAGACAUCUUAACAAUCAGCCGUUCUUCCUUAUCUGAAGAACUGAAUGUCAGCAGUAACUAAAACUCUGUCCUCCCAGGUUUUUUUUCCCCUGCUGUUGCUGAUUUCAGGGCAUCCAGUGCUAUGGCCCCUUAAGCCCAACCCAGCCAGGGAGCAUCAUCUGCAGCUGUAGCAGCAGUUGAGCACAGAGGCCUGCAUGCAGUGGAGGCCGAAAGGUGUUGGGGGGAGGGUGACGAGAAGGUGUGUCUGCUCUGCCUGUCCUUGGAUGAGAGAAUCUUGGGUGGGCAGAGAGACCCUAGGGCAGGAACUGAAUUGGAAUGUGAGUGAAUUAUGUGCCUAACCAGAGGUCUCCUCCCUCCUACACAGAGGGAAGAACCUCUGCUCCUUAGACCUGCAAUCAGCUGAGAAGGCCAUAGCUUCUGUCACUUGACUAGUUCUUGCUUUUCACGGAGGUGGAUUUUCUUUCCCGUGUCGUCUUGGGCACCCUUCCCAUCCCCCAGGCCUGUGGGGGCACAUGCUAUACAGUUCCUCCCUAGGGAAGGUAGGUACUGAGUGGUGCCCAAAUCUCUACUGAGUUGGGCUGGGCUGAUGAGUAACCUGCUCAGAGACACCUCCAGGGUCACUUGCUGGAUGUACUCACUGCCUAAAGUCCACAGGCACUUAAAAACAGCUCAGCUGGUUCCAUCUGAGAGCUGUGCGGGCCAUCCUGCAGAUGUUUGAGAAUUAGCCUGUCCUCUGGGAGGAAAAAGUGCCACUUUAGCUGCCUUCAGUCCAUCAGGGACCUGAGCUUGUGUUCAGACCAAAUUGUAAAAACCUGAGUGAGUGUAUGUCAUAACCAAUGUGUGUCUACACAAAGCUCCUACUGUUUCUGAGGUCUAAUGGUUCAGUCCUCAGUGAGUUAAAAAACACCAGUAGAACGUAGCAAGGCUGUGACGACCAUAGAUGGGGAACUCCUGGAGUUAGGAAGAUGAAGAGCUAGGCUGCCAGUGAGACCUGCACAGUGUGGGUGGAAGAUGGCUGUCUGUGGAGAAGAGAAGUUCUCCGAGGAUGAGGCCAGCUUUCUUCAGGCUGUCACAUGGAGGAAUGUGGUCUGAGCAGUGGUCCUAACUGUGACCUUGAGCUGCCAGAAUGUCCCCCUCCUGUUUUUUUUCCCUAUCCUGGUUGUCUUAAUAUUUUCUAUCUACUUUGGUCUAUUUAAUCCCAGUCCAAAAAUGACAGGGCUGCCUUAAUCCACUGGGACUUCCUAGUGAAGGUGUAUAGAAAAUUUUUUUCUUUAGUAAUUUUGCUAACAUGCUCAGUGUUCAUUUCUAUGUUAGCAAAGGAAUAGUCUAAGAAAAAGGUACUGUGGUAGAUUUAAAGGGGAAUGAACAAAAUGCUGCUGGAAGACUUGUUAAUUUCCAGCUAUUACAAAAAUAUACGAAUGGGAAGUGAGAGUAAACCCUAGAAUAUGAUUUUGGGCCUUUGUCCUUGAGACAGCUGAUAGACUUGACCGCUGCACUUGAGGCUGGAGAUCCCAUGCCCACUGAAGUCGUUAACUCUAGCUCUGACCUCUACUGAUUUCUUAAGAAUGAGGGCUGCUUUGAAGGUGCUGUUGCAGGAAUUCAUUUAGCUGAUGUGUGUUCAAGUGACCUGUUGUCCAGGGCUCCAGCUGUACCCACCCGAUUGCAUUAGCAGAGGGUAAGGCUAACAGUUAAAAGUGGGCCCUGGGCUGUGGAGCGAAAUGACUGACUCUCCAUUUGGAGUUGUGGAAAAUAUGGCAGGAGUCCCAGCUGUUUAAUUUCUAGUCAUUUUCUAAGAACAUUUGUUCUAAGUCGAGGUUACUGAUGAGAUGUCUGGAGGGCAGGACCAGAAUGUGAGAGGCUUCUAGCAGGUAUAGGAGGCUGUGCUCUUAAGCCUCUGACUGAAAUACCAGUGUCCCUGCCCCCAGCACAUAACCACACUGACGCUUUGGUCCUCUCCAUUGAGUGAAGUUUACCUGCUGCACAUUUGUGCAGUAACAGCUGCCUCCCUGGUUGAACGGGGCUCUUUUAGGCUAGGCAGUUGUUCAGAGACAUGAGGGGAAAGGGGAAAGGUACCCUCUGAAAUGGGAAUUACAAAGUUUUUAAAUGCUGCUACUGUAUUUUAUUUACCACUGUCUUUUCUAUAAUAUCCAAGUUCUUAGUCAGGUUUUCUUACAGCGUUCAUAGCAGUUGCAUUUCAAUUGUAUUUUCAGUGAAAUUUGUUUUACAGUGGCAUUUAAAAUUGAACUUUAACUGCUUCCUGAUUGGUUUGAUUUUUUUUUUUUUUAAUGCAAACUUAACCCGUGAGGCUUGGAUCCUGGUUAAUAUACUAUGUGUUGCUGCUGACAGUAGUGCUUGCCUAUUGUAACAGCAUUGAUUGUGCUGAAGCCUCGGUGUAAACUAAAUAAACGUGUCAUUUUCACCCACAAA